AUGGGCCAGUUUUAUUAUUCUGCCAAAGCUUUUGAUGUCCUUGAAAGAUUGGAUCCUAACCCUGAAUAUUGGGAAGGCAAAAGAGGUGCCUGUGUUGGUAUCUUCCAGAUGAUUGUCGCUGGCAGAGAGCCUAAAGAUACUCUAAGGGAGGUACUGCAUCUCCUGAGAAGUACAGGCAACCCCCAGGUAGAGUACAUUGUACGUAUAAUAAAGAAGUGGGCCAAGGAGAACAGAGUUCCUGUUUAAACAGUGUGACCAAUGAAUGGAAGGCUGCUAUCUAUAUUGUGCCUGGCUGGAAUACUGUGUCAUUUUGUAGCAGAGCAAAGAUUAUAAAAAUACAGAUCUAUUUAUUUUUACAGAUAAUUAAAUGUCUUUCAUGAAAAGUAUGCAAAUGUCAUGUAUUGUGAGAAUUUCAUUUUGACUCUUAUACAUCUCCUAAAUUUUAUUUUAUGCUAUUAUUACUGACUUUGUUGUACAUAUUGGCUUUAAUCUUCAAAAUGUGUGACAAUUGUGUGACAAUCAGUACUUUUUUGAGACAGUUCAAGAACUUGCAAAAUACAGAUUUUCCCAGGCCCUAUUUUGAAGAAUAGAAAAAGAGCUCUAGAAUUAGAUUUCAGAUUUUAGUUUUUAAAAGACCCCCGUAAAGAAUCUGAAGCUAAACACUUAAAAUGGAACACAGUUAAGAAAAUGAUGACCUGAUUAAAUAGUUUUCAUUGUUAUGAUAUAAUGGACAUAAGGAGAAGUAUUGUAAAUAAAUAGAUAACGAUCCAUUUUCAUUUUUAUCAAAGAUUGCUGUUCAUAUCUACAUCUGUUUCUAUAUUUUUCUUUCUGAUUAAAUUAGGGCUAUAAACUUGUCAUUCUAUGAUGAAGUAUUUUUUUAGUAUAUUGGGAAAGUAAAGUUUCAAGAAUAUAUAUAAUGCUUAAGGAAAAAUGUCUAAACACAAAAGAACAUUGGAAAUCCAUGAUAGAAUAUGUAUUUAUCUACUUGUAUAUGUUGUAUGUAAAUAAUAUAAACUGAUGUUGUAUAUUCAUUACACAUUUUUUUCAGUCUCUCCUGGAUUUAAUUCUGGAGCAAAAUCCUAAAAUAAAUUCAU